AUGCCUGAUCCCUACUCCGAAAUCCAAGAUGAUAAUGAGAAUCACAACGCGAUCAAGAUUGUCUUGGCGGCAUCCAUCUUUGUCCUGGGCAUGGUAUCCGUGGUAGCCCCACGUCAGUUGGUGGCGAGCGAGAGUACCCAACUUUGGUUUUCCUUGGGUAACAUGGCCGCCAGUGGUGUCUUGCUAUCGGGUGGAUUGGUCCACAUGUUGGCCGACGCAGCAAAGGUCCUGAACGAAGGAUUCGACUUUCCCAUGGCCAACUUUGUUGCGGGGAUGACCUUUAUCGGUUUCAUGGUCUUGGAGGAAUCGCUGCAUUUGCUGUUCAUGAUGAAUGACGAUGACGAGGAAGAAGGGGUCCUUAAGGAAUUCAUGUUGCUCAGUCAUGGUCAUGAUCACAGUAACCAUGGUAGCUGCAUGAACAGCCCCAAAACAACUAACAAUGGUCAUCAUAAUCAUGGCCAGGAUGGUCAUGCAGAGGAGGAACACAAUCAUCAGAAUGAACAGCACAACCAUCACCAGGAGGAAGAUGACAAGCACCAACACAAUCAUAAACACAGUCAAGAAGAUGAGCAUCAACACAACCACAGUCAUCAGGAAGAAGACCAAGAAGAGCAUGGACACAAUCACUCGAAUCACAGCAAAGACGAACACGAUCACAACCACAGUCAUCAGGCUGAAGAAGAUCAUCACGAACAUGGACACGAACACGCCAAUAAUGAAACUCAGCCUCUACUGAACAAUCAUGACGGACAUAGCCAUGACUAUGACACCCUGCCACUCCGAUCCGUAUCCCAAAAUCACGCCAACAAUCACAAUCACAGUCACAACAUGUCCAUUCGAAGGACAGGUUGCUCAGGAUGUGUUGGAUCCUACGCGCCACACACUUACGCGCAUACUCAGCCACUCGUGCUGGAUUCCACGGACCAUGCCGUCGAACCAAGACAAUCUGUCCUGUCGUUGGAAUUUGGUCCUCAGCACCAUCAUCAUCACGACGAUCACUUGGAGUUGCACUUGCAUGGAUCUUGCUUUGCAUCUGGCAUCCUACUAUUGGCAUUAUCCAUUCAUUCCAUCUUGGCAGGAGUUUCCAUUGGAAUUGAGCGAUCAUCCGAAACCAUUGCCUCGACGGCCAUUGCCAUCGUGGCGCACAAGAGCUUUGAAGGAUUUUGUCUGGGUAGCAGUUUCGUUAGUGCCCAAAUUCAAGGCACGACAUUUUGGGGCUUGAGUUUGUGUUGGGGGGUCAUGACACCCUUGGGAAUUUUGAUAGGACAAGUCAUUUUCCUCUUGACCAAGAGUAUGAGUGCCGAUGAUGUCGAAGGGAACCAUACCAUUGCCAUCGUCCAGGCCAUGUGUUCCGGUACCUUUCUUUACAUCGCCAUUGUCGAAAUUGGCGGCAAGGAAUUGCUUGCUUGUCGGCAUAACGAAACACAACAUGGAUCCAAAUUCCAAAAGCAAAUCGACGCGGCAAAGUUGGUCUGUUUCAUCUUGGGCUAUUUGGCCAUGUCGUCGUUGGCGAUUUUUGUGUAA